ACUUUUAGUAAUCCGUGAAAUAUCUGCUUACUUCAACAGGUUUCUCUAAAAAAUUAAUAACAGAUAGUCAAGAUGACAGCCAUGGAGAGUAAAGAGGAGAUCAGUGACACAGACAGUGGGAUUAUCUUGCACUCUGGUCCAGACAGCCCCACGUCCCCGGUGAAGGAUCUGACCACGCACACCAGAGCCCUGAAGCUGAAGCACCAGUCUCUGGAGGAGCGCCUGGAGCUCUGCCUGCUGGAGCUCAGAAAGCUCUGCAUCAGGGAGGCAGAGCUGACGGGUAAACUGCCCUCAGACUAUCCUCUGAUGCCCGAUGAGAAGCUACCCCAGGUCAGAAGGAGGAUUGGAGCUUGCUUCAAGCUGGACGAAGGUCUGAUCCAUCUGGAUAAACAGGAUUCAGAGUUGCAAGCGCUGGAAACUGACUUGGCUCUUCAGCGGCAGAUUUAUGAGGCGGCCCGGAAACUCUCCCUGGAGGGCCACCUCAGUAAACCACAGAAGAAGAGCCGGCUGCAGCAGUGCAAGAGGGAGGAGAAGAAAGUGAAGGAACUACAGGAGGCUGUGUUCCAGCACAGGAUCAAGAGCGAGUGUAACUCACCGUGCAUCACCCUCUCAAGCAGCCAAAACAAAGAUCUUUGCAUGUCUGAUGACAGCUCUCUGUCUGAUGUGGUGGCACUGGAUGAUGAUGUGGACUCGUCCAGCCCCCCCUCUCCUCCAGUGUUGGGCACUUCCUACUUGGACCCUCUGCAGCCGUCGGCCGAGACCCUUCAGUCAUCCCAGCAGUCAUCAAGCCAGCUCAGUGUGGAGCACGAGCGCUCCCCCAUCCAAAAUUCUCCAUGGAAGGAGUCCAGUCUGGAUCAGCCUUACCAGAAGGCGACAAAGCCUCGUUCUGCUUGCAACAGCAGGUCCAGGUAGGAAAAAUAA